AUGAACGUCCCAUUUGGCUUGGUUCUUUUGGAGUUGGACGUUAAACUCGGAGGUUCCACCUCUUAGUUACUGUAAUAGUGUUAAAAGGUGCGUCCAACUUAUACCAUUUCACAUUUUUGACAGACAUGUCGACACUCUCGACAGUUUUGUGAAACAGUUUCUCACUCAUCUGACGCUCCUGAGGGUCUCGCAAGUAACGUGGAUGUCUUGCCCACCAUGCUGACCCCUACUGACCCACAUUUCUUUGAUGGAGAAGUAAAACUACUUCAGGAGAAGUUCAAUUGUUUUCAGGAGCUCUUCAUGACGGUGUUGUACUUAAGCUUCCCCAAAGUGAAGAAGGAAUCCCAUUGCUGGCUCGACGCCGAGAGAACAAAAUUUCAGACACAAGUCGAUACAAUCAAACUGGCUAUGGAAUGUUUAGCGCUGAGUGGACCUGGCGUCAUAACGAUGCCCUCUGGUAUUGGUGGUAACAACAUUGGUGUUUAUCAGACCUCAUAUUUUAACGCUUCGAAACUGAAAAAGCUUAAAAGGGCGUUGGAAUGCUUGCAAUAGAUAGAGCAGGAAGAUGAGAACAGCACUUCCACCGACCAGUGUCCACGUUUAUGAAUACUACUUGCCACGUGUGUGUGUGACAUGGCUACUUUUAGAUAAGAUAACAUAAGGAUAAUCUUUACUGUCCCUACACUAGCCAUUUGUUUGGUGUUUAUACACACACACACAUACACACACACACACACACACACACACACACACACACACACGCAUACAAAC